AUGGCGUCCCGAUCCCCCACGGCGGUGACUCCCCUACCAAAAUCAUCCGUCGCGCCCGAGACCCCGAUGGUCAGAGACGCCCCCGCAAACCCCCAAGCCGUCCCUUUCCCUUCUCCACAGACAUUCGACAUUGUUCCACCGUUGCAUGGCCUCCUUUCACGUCUUUUAUCGCCGCCAACGAACGCUGCUGGCGUAUCCAAUGGCGUGAGAGCGGCCGAUGACCCUACCGGAGCUGGUGCUCCUACCGGACCACCUUCAGGCACCCCCGGCCAACCUCAAUCGCAACAACAAGCGGGGGCUGAGAACACCAACACUGCUGGAGUCCUGGGGACCGUACCUUCAGCUGGUCCAGGUGGUGCAGAAAUAUCCGGCUUGGGUUCGAAUAGCUCUCCAGCGCUCGAUAUCAAGGACCUUCCGACAGAGGUCAGCUCAAUCAAAAUUCGCAUUCAGAAGGCACAAGCCGUGGUGGAAAACCUACCCGACGUAGAUCGGUCGGUUGCCGACCAGGAAGAGGAAAUUGAGGAGCUGGAGGACCGCAUUGCAAAGCUCAAGUCGGUCAUCGCCGACUUUGGUCAGAUGGCAAGCCCAGGGGGUGCUAAGAAGCUCAAGUCCCAGGGACCUUGA